AUGGGUAUCGACAAACCAGACGUGCGCUUUGUGAUCCACUACAGUCUCCCGAAAUCGAUUGAGGGUUACUAUCAAGAGACUGGACGAGCUGGACGAGAUGGGAAUCCAUCCUACUGCUUACUGCUUUACAGUUAUAAUGACAUGCACCGUCUUCGGAGAAUGAUUGAAGGUGACGACAGCCAAGCACCAGCGAGUGUCCGGUCAAUGCACCUACAAAAUAUCUACCAGGUGGUAUCGUACUGUGAAAACAUUUCGCUCUGUAGGAGAAAGAUUCUCGUUGAGCAUUUUGGAGAGGUGUAUGAUGCGCAGAUGUGCCUGAAAAGCAGUACACCUUGCGAUGUGUGUCGACGCUUGAGGCACGCACCAGAUGCAGUGAAGCUGUACGACAUGUCUGAUGAGGCGUUCAUGAUUUUGUCAGCGAUGACCAAAAUGCGCAACGUCACGUUACGGUACGUGGGCGAUGGAGAUUUUUGUAGCUAUAGUUGGAUUAGGACCCCUUUAUAA